AUGGGCGUGGCCCGCGCUUCCCACGUGGGGGCCGUCGGGAGAAGGGGGCGGGGCGUCGGGGACGCCGUGCGCCCGCCCGUGACUCCCUCGGGCCAGGAGCGCAGCCAGGAGCCCUUCCGGCUGGGCUGCGGCCGGGACGUCGCGGUCACCGACGGGAAGGAGCCCCGAGCCCGGAGUGAACUCCCCGGCCCUGGAAGAAGGGCUGGCGGCGGCCGUUGGAACCGCAAGCGCUCGUCUCCGAGGGGAGGGGGGUGCCGGGGCGUCCCUCGCCGUGCUCCGGGCCUCCCCCCCCCCCGCCGCCCCCCGCUGCUCCUCCGCGGCGGCUCGAGCCCGCCGGCUUCCUCCUCCGGCCGCCCGCCCCCGGCCCCCGCCGCUUCUGGGGUCGGAUCCCCGCGCGCCCCGGAUGCCCGGGGCGACCUCGGCGAGCUCCGCUCCCUGAGCGGCCUCGACCCCCCGUCGUCGGACUCGCCGGAGAGCCCACGAUGUCCGCGGCGGCCCCGGGCCCUGACGCCGUCGACGCAGCCGGGGAAGGCGGCCGGCCGCAGCCCGCCGAGCCCUAGGCGCACAAAGCCCGCGCCCGCCGCGGGCCCUCGGCGCCAGUCGGCGACUUUGCCGCCCGCUCCGCGGCUCUUUGUCUGCACUCGGGGCGGGCGCCCGGCGGCGGUGGGGAUUUCCCCGCGAGAGCGGGCUGGGGGGGGGCCGGGGCCGAGCUCCCGGUUCCCCGGCCGGCCCCCGCUCGGGCUCGGCUCCCGCUCCCCCCGCGCCGCCCCGGCGCGGGCUCCUGGCGCCUCCCGGGCCUCGGAACCGCCACCCCUCCCCUGCCAUGUAUCCCCGCAAGGCCGACAUCCGGCUCCCCAUCAACCUGGCAGCCCGGAUUUAAAUUCACGGUAGCCGAGUCUUGUGACCGGAUCAAAGACGAGUUCCAGUUCCUGCAAGCUCAGUAUCACAGCCUCAAAGUGGAGUACGACAAGCUGGCCAACGAGAAGACGGAGAUGCAGCGCCAUUACGUGAUG